GACUUUACGCAAUCGCCGACAAGGACACGGAGACCUGUAAAUAACAUUCAGAUUUCGACUCGUUAAGAGAUGAGGGCGGUGCAUAGGGCCGCCCUUAGGUACGUGGGCGGCCUCCCAAAAAGAGAAGGAAUAAGACAACAGGAGAUAAACUUACAGAAGAGAGAGCAACAGCGUAAUUUGAGUUCAUGGCACCCACGGGACAAAAGACUCGAGGAAGGGAGAGUCAAUGCCCCAGAGCAGCGGUUACUCCUCGUUCCACCCCCAGCCUGGCCAUGCCCCUUGCCCAGUCGGACUUUCAUGGGGGGAGCGUUAGGGAGCAAGAAAAAGGAGUAUUCGGAGAGGCGCAUCCUUGGAUAUUCCAUGAAUCAAAUGUAUGAUGUGGUGUCAGAGGUUGAAAGCUACCACAAAUUUGUUCCUUACUGCAAGAAGUCUGACGUGAAGUUGCGCCGGCCUGGAUUUCUAAAGGCAGACCUGACAGUUGGAUUCCCACCUGUUGUGGAAUCAUACACGUCCAGUGUCACACUAGCACGGCCUCACCUUGUCCGAGCGGUCUGUACAGAGGGAAAACUUUUUAACCAUCUCCUUACUAUCUGGAAAUUUGCUCCUGGUCUUCCGGGACAGCCAAACACCUGCACCCUAGACUUCUCCGUCUCCUUUGAGUUCCGUUCCAUGCUCCACUCCCAGCUGUCGCACGUUUUCUUCAAUGAGGUGGUGAGGAAAAAUGUAAACUCUUUUCUGGCAGAAGCUCAAAAGCGAUAUGGCAAGCAGUCCAUCCGAGCCCAACAGCCACGCAUCACACAAAUGACAUGAGGACAGUAAUUUUAGGAAAAUUAGAAAAUGUAUUGAAGUAAGAGAAAAGGAGAGAUAUUUAUUGUUUGCUGCUUAAUGACAAGUCACUGUAUAGUUUUCAUUGUUAUUAUUAUCUGUAUAUUUUUUUUCUUUAUAUUCCAUUUAUAUAAUCCAUAUUUGAAUGACAGAAAGAGGAUGAUAUGACUGAUUAUUUUUUUAAGGAUUUUAAAGAUGCUAUAAUUUUAACAUUAGAUUUUGUAUGCAAACAUAUAAAUAUGUAUGUAAACCUAAUUUACUUACAAUUAAAGCAACCAUUUAUUUAAACAGUUUUUUAUUUGGGAUCUUGUAAAUGAAGAAUGUAGAUGAAACCUGUAGAUAUAUUGAACAUUCAUCAAUAAGGCCAAAUACUGAAUUCUAGAAUUUGGUCAAAAUUAUAGGUGGAUAAAUUUGCAUUUUUUUUGUUUUCUUUUCUUUUCUUUUCUUUUUUUUUGAUGUCUCUAUAAAAAAUAUCUAUGCUAUAUUUAGAUAAAUUCCUUCUAGUCAUAAUAACAUGUGGGAUUUCUUUAGAAUAAAAAGAUAUUAUCGUUACUGGUGUGAUGCUCUGAUGCCAUAUUUUGACUUAUUACUAGGUAUUGUUAAGAUAGGAAGAGAAACAAGCUCUAUACUUACUGUGUUUGAAUUACCAUUGAUGUUAUUGCAUUAUAUUCAUUAUUGUAUUUGUUAUCUUUGGAGUCCGGUUAUUAUUGUAUUAUUGUUAUUAUUAUUAUUAUCAUUAUUAUUA